AAUGUAUUAUUAUCAUGCUAUAAAUGUUAAAAAGUUUUUUCGUUUAGUGUUGACUAUCUCUAAUUACAAUGAAGUGGGAAACUUUUUUGGCUGUAGUUAUACUUGUUAGUAGCCUUAAUUCUUGUAAGGCGCACAAUAACACCGAAGCAGCUGUUUACCAAACUGGUCCAUUGGGGAUAAUCAAAGGUAUUAUCAAUGGGUUUCAUCAGGUGCAAUCUUCAUUAAUGAAAGAUAUUGUACAGUUUGUAGAACGUAUUGUAGACAAGUUUGAUAAUACAUUUAAUUUGACAAAUAUAAGAUUAUUUCCCUCUACAGAACAGCUUCGAAUAAUUGGUAAUACUUUAAUAACACUAGAAGAAAAUUAUAUCGUUUUCAUGAACAAUAGUAUUAACGUUAUAAUAAAGAAGCUUCCAGAAUUUCCUCCAGUAUCUAAGUUUCCCGAAUUUCCAAAUGUUGAACAGAUUUUCAAUUUGAUUGUCACGCUGGUGUCCCUAUAUUUUGAUUUUCUUCAAACCUUAAUUGAGAAUAUAAUUAUAAAGUUGCCAGCAUUACCACCUUUUCCUAAUAUAGAAGAUAUCAUAAAAUAUAUGAUUGACGCCAUCUGUGAAUGUUUUGGAAAAAUACCAGAUGCAAUCUCCAAGACGGUUGUCCAAAUAGCUGGCCAAUAUAAAGACGUUAUUAGCAACGUUAUUACUGAUAUUAUUAAAGGAGUUAUCAGCGGUAGCAUUAAAAUUAGUCCAAAUAUUAAAAUACCUUUCUUUGGAUAAACAGUAUUGGUCAAUUUAUAUGUACCUAAGCUUUAAUAUUAAUCAAUUAAAGAUAUAUGGAACCUGAAAAUUUUUAUAUUUACUUCUAUUCAUGUAUGUUUUAAAAUUAGUGGCAUGUUAAGAAUGGUUAUUAUAUUAAAUGAUAAUGGUAGAAA